CUGUUUUGUGUCUGUUCGCCUCUGAAGAAAUCAAUGAAGGACACUUUAUUGGAGGUGUCUCUGUUUGGACCCAUUCCCGGGAAUCUCCUGGAAUUGUUUAGAGAACAUUAAUCUUCUCUUAACAUGCAACGAUUGGAGCCUAACGCCAGAGUAAAUUCCAACUUAUUAAUUAUCGUGAAAUUCCACCACUCUAAAAUAUUGGCACGGACAUACAGAAUGACGGAAAUCCAGGGAUUGACAACGUAGUUUCAGAUUUAAAAUGGAUAAUUCAACGGUUAACAAUAUAACGUCGCCUCUUGAAUCCUGUUUGUUACAAAGACAGUGUGAGGAUCCAGAAGGCCUACAGGCGUAUGCUUGCGGUGUCUAUCGGAUUCAUGGGUAUUUUAUAUUGACUCUCUGUUGUUUCGGAAUCCCUACAAACAUUGUGAACAUCAUCAUCCUUACACACAAAUCCUUACGCUCACCCGUCAACAAUAUCCUCACCGGGAUAGCUAUCAGUGACCUCGUAACCAUGGUAAUCACAGUUCCUCUUGGCCUUCACUUCUACAUCAGGAAUGGUUUGGACAUUACAGAAAAUAAAUAUACAUAUGAAUGGUCCAUGUUUCUAGCCUUUUAUGCUAUGAUGACAAUAACAAUGCAAACUGUGUCCAUCUGGCUUGGAGUUUGUAUGUCAUUUUUUCGUUAUGUGUAUAUUAAAACCAUGGGAGCUGGGCGCCAAAAUAUUGAUUCCAAGACAUCUUGUUUUCUAACUUUAUUCAUGUUUUUUUUAGUUAUAGUUAUCUAUAUCCCGACCUACAGUUUUGUCUCAAUAAAGGAAAAGACAUGUUACAACGACAUAGAAAAUAGAACCGUUGAUUACUAUCGAUUGGAACCGUUAAUGAGCAAUGAAAAACCUUCUUUGACACAUGCCUACUCGAUGUGGAUUUACGCCGUACUUGGUAAAUGGAUACCGUGUUUUCUGAUAACCCUAUUUGGCGGAUGUUUACUUCAUUCCUUACAAGAGAACACAAGGAGAACUAUACACCUUAAUGGCUCACAUGCCACGUCCCGGUUAAAACAGCAUCGCAGAACGACGGCCAUGUUACUGACUAUUAUUCUUAUGUACAUCAUCGCUUCUCUACCCCAGAGCAUCCUACUUAUCGUUAGCUUCGCCAAUAAAGCCUUCUUUGUGAACGAAUAUGCCCUCCUAGGAGACACAUUUGAUAUUCUUUCCUUGAUCAACAAUUCAAUAAACUUUGUUUUGUAUUGUGCAAUGAGCCGUCAAUUUAGAGACCUCCUUAAACAGUGUGUGUGUCAGUACUUUGUUCUCCCACAACAUGACGCAAAGAGCACCCAGACAGCCAGUCAUCACAUCUCUCAGAAUAACCUACAAAGCAAAGUGUACGCCAUGAACGAAAUUAGAAGGCAGGAGAGCCCCCUUCUUGACAGAGGUAUUGACAUCUGAAGUUGUGGGUUCAUGCUAUAACAUAUUUAGAUUUCAUUUUUAUGAUGAUAAUUUUAUGUUACACAGAUAUUUGUUAUGACUUCUGCAGAACACAUCUAUUUCAUGUUUGUUGGACAGUGAACUUUUUAGAGAGAGAGAGAGAGAGAGAGAGAGAGAGAGAGAGAGAGAGAGAGAGAGAGAGAGAGUUCUUUUUUUCAUAUCUUACAAUAAAGUUGGACUUGUAAGUUAAAGAAAAAAUGUAACUGUUAUUGGUCUUUUUGUUUGCCCGUAUCCACCUGUUCA